CUUUCAAAACAGGACAUUCAAAGAGUAAAUACAGUGUAAAUGUAAAAGUUGAGGACUGAAAGUUGUUUUACAAGUUGUUUUUUAGUCGAGACAGAAUGUAGGUGGCUUAAUUGUAAAGGUUAUUUAAAAUGACCAUACUUGAUAAGUGGGAUAUUGUUAAUCAACAUACUUGUCAUAUAGCAUGUAGUAUAUACUUUGUAAAACAUACACGUCAUUGAGCAACUUGACAUCUACACAACAUUUUUGUCUUAUUUAUUUAGUUUUUAAAUGACAAUUAUGAUCAGACGAAAUAAUCUUGGUCUCUUCCUUUCGAAGAGUUAUUUCAAUUUCGAAGUAUCACUUCUCCAAAAAACUGUUGUUGUUAUACAUGGCGAUGACUUUAUUCAUUUUAUAUUGAAUAACGUAAUUGGUUUUAAAGAUAAUAAUCAUAAUGAGUUCCUUCUUUUCUCAAUGACGGCUUCUAAGUUGAUAAGCCAAGUACAAAUGUGUGACAUUCAACCACUCUUCAUUUUUGAUGGUUGCACUAAAGUUGGACAAAACCAAUCACGCUACAAUGAUCAGAUGUGGUCCAUAAUCAAUCGUUACAAAUCAUCAUUUGUGGAUGUGUUGUCGUUCUUUCAAAUAAAAUACAUGACAUCACUGUAUUCAGCUCAGUCUGAUGCUGCUUCAUUAUCCAUAUAUUUACAUUGUCCGUUUAUAGCAUCCAGUUAUGAUAUUUACUACAUGUUUCCUACUCAAGCUACUAAAACUGAAGCAAAUAUUAUGCAAGAAUUAAUCUACGUCCCGAUCCAUCUCCUAGAUUUUUUUAGCUGCAAAGAUGAUGCUAUUAUUUUGUCUCAUGUUUUCCACCAAAAGUUUUCUCGUAUUUCGUCAGUUGUACCCCAUUUACGACCUUUAUUAAGUGUACUGUAUGCUGGGCGAUUCGAGGUACGUGCUAAUGUGUGUAAGCAGUUAAAUUAUUGUACGACAGAUUACUCCAACUACCCUAGUCCUCGUUUACAUGAAUGGUUUGUUCUAGUUAACUGGUUGGUAAAAUCAUCCAAUGUAAAUUAUGUUACACUUUAUGAGUAUGUUAUUCAAGCACAUCGUGCUGAAGAACGACAAAGUGUGACUGAGUAUCUUCUGGAUUGUAUUGCGGCUUUUAUGGAUAAUGUUCUAGAAAGUGGACUUGAAAUAGCAUCUCACUUUUGUUUAGUAAACUCCAGUUCCAAUGUACCUAAGGGGGGUAGGCUGAUUGAGAUUAGUGAAGAAACUAAUGCUUCAGUAAACUUACAACAUAUGGAUCGUCUGACCAAUCAACUCAACGCCAAACAGCCAAUAAGUUCAAUUUUACUCAUGAUUGGCCUCGUAAUUUGACAGAACUGUAUCGAAAGGUUAAACUUUCUCCAGC